GGUGCGCAAAAGUAGCAGCUCUGCGACCCCAACCCACAUACCGUCUCUCAGCCUCACCGACCGAGGAGGACAGACAUAACAAGACUCUCCACGAUUUGACCAGCCAUGGACGCAUCCCGCGUGGUGACGCUUUAUCUUGGCCUUCUCCUUGUUUUUCUUGGGAAUAUACCGUGUUUCCAGUCUGCUGCUAUCAUCCCCGCGCCGAGGAGGAACAGAGGAGCCAGGGUCUCUCAUCAGGACGGACAAAGGUCAAGCAAACUCCUGAAGGACAUCUUCGCGUCCUCGCGUCACAUCACGGGCCAACACAAAGAAGACGGCGUAGUGCCGCACGAGUACAUGCUCUCCAUUUACCGGACCUACUCGGCUGCAGAGAAGCUCGGACUUAACGCCAGCUUUUUCCGCUCCUCCAGAUCCGCCAACACCAUCACAAGUUUCGUGGACCGAGGAACAGACGAUCUCUUGCACUCUCCUCUGCGAAGACAAAAGUAUCUGUUUGAUGUCUCAACCCUUUCAGACAAAGAGGAGCUGGUCGGAGCGGAAUUAAGGAUAUUUCGGAGAGCGCCCGGGAAAUUGCAGACCACAGGACUCUACCACGUCCAGGUCUACCCCUGCAGCUCGGACAGACUGCUGGACUCCAGGACGUUGGACCCCCUGGAUUCCACCAAACCCGGGUGGGAGGUGCUUGACGUGUGGGAAGCAUUUAAGAGCCUCAGGCAUCACCACCACUUUCAGCAUCAGCAUCAACUCUGCUUCCAGCUGCGGGUCACGUUGGGCAAAUCCGACUCGGAGCUGGACCUGAGACAGCUGGGACUGGAUCGGAACGGCCGGUCACAGCAGGAGAAGGCCAUCCUGGUGGCCUACACCCGCUCCAAGAAGAGGGAGAACCUUUUUAAUGAAAUGAAAGAGAAGAUCAAGUCCAGGAGAUCGGUGGUGGAUGAUGACGGAGAGGAGGAGGCGGCGGUGUCACUCCUCCGCGGGGCGAAGGGCGAGGGACCCCGGCGGCGGAGGAGGACGGCCCUCAGCAACCGUCACGGGAAGAGACAUGGGAAAAAGUCAAAAUCAAGAUGCAGCAAGAAGGCACUGCAUGUGAACUUUAAGGAGCUGGGAUGGGACGACUGGAUCAUUGCGCCUUUGGAUUAUGAGGCGUACCACUGUGAGGGGGUGUGCGACUUCCCGCUGAGGUCGCAUCUGGAGCCCACCAACCACGCCAUCAUACAGACUCUUAUGAACUCCAUGGACCCCAACAGCACCCCGCCCAGCUGCUGUGUGCCCACCAAACUCAGCCCCAUCAGCAUCCUCUACAUAGACUCGGGGAACAACGUGGUGUACAAGCAGUACGAGGACAUGGUGGUGGAGCAGUGUGGGUGUAGGUAGCGGGCGAUUGAUUUUGGGACUGAAAAAAAAGUUGGUCGGAAUGGCUCCAAGACGGGAAUGGACGCACACAAGAGGCGAAAUCUGCUAUUUAUUAACUCACACCCUCUGCCUUAAAGUGUUAUUUCCCAGCGCACAUCGAACUUGCUUCCCAGACUGUGUGUCCAAGUGGCACAAAAGACGCGGGUGUUUGUGUGUGUGUGUGUGUGUGAACUGACCCCGUCGCAUCGAGUCCAAACUGUGCACCUGUUCGUGCCGAGGCCAGAGGACAGAGGACUUUGUUGCAGCUCUGCCAUGGGAUCCAGCCAAGACUCGUUCGGGUCCGUGCAUCCACGCUGUAAUUGCCACUGGAGUCAUUACAGGCCGGCAUGCUGCCCCCUCCCCAUUUAAAGAAGAGCAACCAAACACAAAAUGAGGAGAGAAAAAAUGCCUUCAAGAGAUUUUAUAUAUCGAGGGGGUGAAAAAGGCGCCAACAAAAAUGCAGUGCGCUUUUUUUUUUUUUGUUCUUGGACUAAAAUGACCAACAAGGCCUGCUGACGCCUUGUGUUAUACGAAAGAAAGCACAUGUUGGUGUUGCUCUUUACAAAAUGCACUUCCACCACUGACUGCGCCCGAACAAAAGCGCUCAGAGACGUUCAAGACUCGAUAUUUAAAUGCACAUUAGCUUUCAAUGCACUGCUGUUCGUUGUUGUUGAGCUGUAAAUAUUUGUAUAGUCGACAAAUAAACUUUUACAAAGUGCUUCGUAUCGAGAAAUGAAGAAAAGACGGAAAGAAAAUGGCAUUUCUUUGUAAAUAUACAAAAUGCACUCAAAUCGUUAUAAUUUCUAUUCUAUAAUUAUUUUAUUAUUUGUGAUGUACAGAGUUUCAUGAUAAUCAUAUAUUUCUUACAUUGACGAGAGUAAUUUAAGGUGUAUACAAGAGGUUUUCUUUGUUUGUUUGUUUGCAGAGGGUGGAAAGUACCAAUAUUAAUGUCUACCUCAUCGUUGCAUAGGAUCCGAGUCUUGAGGUGCAUUCAG